UCUACGUUCGUGUGUUUCUCAGAAAAUGUACAGACACUGUCUAGCUCGACCGCUAACGACAGCAAUUCACAAACGCAGAGCAUCAGUAAGAGCACGAAGGAUGGACAGAAACUCUGAUGUCACUAUUAUCGGGAAAGAAAAUUGGAAGUAUCGGUUUCUACAACAGUCUGAUUUGAAAGACGUUCAAGAAAUUAGCCAAAGUCAACUUACACAUGAUUAUAUUCCAUUAGUUUUUGAAAGUCUGCCGAGUGAUGGCUCUAUUUAUCCCAUCGGAGCUGAAUUGAAUGGACAUGUGGUAAGUAUGUUUUUAACGGAAGUGCAAGAUUGUGGCAAAACGUUAUAUGCCUUUGGUAUACGAACCCAUGCAGAUCACAGGAACACAAAAAAUUCAAAUUUUGCUGCUCAAGUAAUCAAGAAAUUGAUCGUCGACCAAUUGGAGCAAAAUGCUCGCCAGAUCAGAUCAGCUGUAGAUGCAGGGUCAAUUGCUCCGGUCAAAAUAUUGAGAAACAAUGGAUUCAAUAAAGUUUGUAGUUACGAAGUAUGA